UCCCAGGAGCUGCUUCAGCCUCAGCCGUGGCUGAGCAAGACCUGGGGACAGCCAGAUGGACAAGCUGUGCUCUGGUGUCCCUUCUGCAGGGCAGCUGGAGCAGAGCUGAGCCAUGGUAGGGCUGCAGGCCCUGUGCAGGCCCCUCCAGAAGGGUUUUGCUCCAUCCCUGUCCCCUGAGCGUGGUUCUCUCCCCACUUCUCUCUGCAGGUUCAUGAAUCACCGUGUCCCGUCCAACUGCAGGUACCAGCCCACGGAAUAUGAGCACGCAGCCAACUGUGCCACCCACGCUUUCUGGAUCCUGCCCAGCAUCCUCGGCAGCUCCAUCCUCUACAUCCUCUCUGAUGACCAGUGGGAAACCAUCUCAGCCUGGAUCUAUGGCUUUGGCUUGUCCAGCCUCUUCAUUGUCUCCACCAUCUUCCACACCAUCUCCUGGAAGAAGAGGCAUCUCAGGACUGUGGAGCACUGCCUACACAUGUUUGACAGGAUGGUGAUCUACUUCUUCAUCGCCGCCUCCUACGCUCCCUGGUUGAACCUGCGGGAGCUGGGUCCCUGGGCCUCCCACAUGCGCUGGAUCAUCUGGAUCAUGGCAUCCAUUGGCACCGUCUACGUGUUCUUCUUCCACGAGCGGUACAAGCUGGUGGAGCUGGUGUGCUACGUUAUCAUGGGCUUCUUCCCCGCCUUGGUCAUCCUCUCCAUGCCCAACAGGGACGGCCUCCUGGAGCUGGUGGCCGGUGGCUUCUUCUACUGCCUGGGCAUGGUGUUCUUCAAAAGCGACGGGCGCAUCCCCUUCGCCCACGCCAUCUGGCACCUCUUCGUGGCCAUGGGAGCUGGCAUCCACUACUAUGCCAUCUGGAGGUACCUCUACCAGCCUGGGGCACUGGACACCAAAACCUCCCCCCGGUAGAAGCCUUAGAGACAUUGUUUGUGCCACCUGGCACGUGGGGACACAGAGGGCACUGGUGACAGCCUGCGCCGUGGGCUCGCCCAAACCAACCCCUCGCCCUGUGGACAGCAGCUCUUGGUGCCCUUCCCGCACAGACAGGAGAGCCUGGAGGUUCAUUUUAAAUAUUUUUCAUUUUUAACCUCGGGAACUGUUUAUUUUUUUAGGCAAAGGUUUCAGAACACAGUGACUGGCUGGGCUGUGGGUGGUAGGAGUGACCACUCACUGGAGCUUCGCUCACUCACCUGGUCUUGACCAUCCCAUGGGACUGGGAACCUUGCUCCCACAUGCCCCCGGCUAUGACACCCUGGGUUUGGCUCCUGGAGUCCCUAGAGUGUGCUACUGAGGGGACUGGAGGAGUCAGGAUGAGGAGAGAGAGCCAGUGGUGGAGAGGGAUGUGGUGACACCCCUGCACCACCUGGUCUGGCUCCUAAACCUUCCUGAGUCCUGUCAGCACUAACAGCUCCAUCCCAAGCCCUUGAGGGGAUGGUCCACACUCAACAAGCCUUACAAGAGAUUGAAACUUGAAUCUCUCCCGGGGCAUCCCAGUCCCUGAGCACUGGGAAACCCUUUCUCUAAGCCAAUAUGAAGUGCACAACUCAUCCAUACAUCCCUGGGAUCCCCUGUGGACAUUUUCUCCCUGGAGUGCUUGGUUUUCCUCUCCAGCCUGGUGCCAGUGGCAGCCUGAAGCACGGCCCUGCUCCCAGGCCCUGCUGCACGUGUGCCUUCAGCAGGGAGCAGAGGGGGAUCCAGCUCCUGGCAUCUCCCUGACUGGGGUCAGCCCAGGGGAGUCCCUUUCUCCUCAAGGGAGGGAAGAAAACCUCCUUGGACUGGGAUCACGGGGCCACCUGCCUUCUCUGCUCCCAUUUUGCUGAUGAACCUAUUGCUCAUCAGAUUUAAUUCCACUUUUGGAAAGAUUUCUGGCGUUCCCAGGAUUGCUGCAGGGCAGGAAUGCAUCCACACGAAGCCUGGGUGUGAGCUGUGAUGGAGAGAUCCCAGGGAUGCUCAGUUUUCAGAUGCCUAACCGUGGCCACACAGUGCUAGCCCAGGGACAUGGAACAUCUGACCAGCUGCUGGGAGCAGCAGAAUGGCAAAACCACACCUGAUCCUGCUCCCCAAACACCCUGGCAGAGCUGCUGGAGCCAGGAGGGUGUGGUGUGUGCUGGGCUGUGCCUGCACCUUCCCCAUCAGCCCCAAAGGAAUCAAUUGCCCAUCACCUCCUUUUGGCCUUUGAUUAAUCACAGCCGCAGCCUCUGCCAUGGUGUGGCAAGUGAAGGAGAUUUAUGGCCACCAUCCCAUGUCUCCUGUUUCUCCAGCAGCAUUCCAGGGAGCUGAGCAGAGCUUAGGGCCCCCCAGCCUGUGGCACCCCAGGAGUGGCUCUCCAGGGCUGUGCCACUGUGCAGCAAAUACCAAAGAGGAAACAUCUGGAUACUCACCCCCUCCUGACGUGGUGCCUGUGGUCAUCAGGCUGGCAAAAAUAUCUGCUGGGUUUUCACUUCCACAGGCAGGAGGUUCCUGUAAAAGGCUCUGGGAGCUGUCCCUGGCAUCCCAGCCUGGCAUGGGGCUGCUGGGGGUCUGUGCCCAGGGCACCCCAAAGCAUCCUUUGGGCUGGGGCUGAUGGGUGGUCUUAGGGAUGGGGGUGAAGGAGCUGGUGUGAGCCCAGGCUCUGCUGCUGCUCUGCCCAGCCCUGGCCCUGUCACCUGCUGCAGGUGGAGAGGUGGAAAAGGGUGAGCUGUGAGUAAGCAGCAGUUUAUGGAGCAUAUCCAGGGUUGGAAUAGCAGGAUACAGAGGUCCCAGAAUGGGAGAUGCCAUAUUUUCUCUCUGACAAGUCAUUACCCUUCUCUGUGCCUCAGUUUCCCCAUCUGUAAAAUGGGGGUGAAGACCCUGACCUACCUCAGGGCUCAUGUGAGGACCCCAUAAGCACUUGGAGGGCAGCCAGAGCUGCACAAACACCUGCUUCAAUUUUCCCUGUCUCUGGGGGAGCAGCUUCCCAGAGCCACCCUGGGGCACGGUGACAACUUCAGCUCUCCUCCCCCUCUGUCCCCAAACACCACAGGGAGCCACCCUGGGGUCAGGCCAGGCAAACAGCACUCCCAGCCCCAGGAAAUGUCCCCUGGCAGGGCUGAGGAUGCCCAGGGACCACCACCCUGCUUUGCCCUGUUUCACCCCAAGGGAUUUAUCUCAGAAACUGUUUUGCCAUUUGCGGUCUUUUGGCCCUAAAUCUGUCCCAAGGGCUCCCGAGGCACAGGGAGGUGCCAGCAGGACCUUUCUGAGGCUGCUUCAUCUCAGUCUCCUGCUGAAAAUCCAGGGCAGGACACCCAGGCAGGAGUGGAUGGCCAGGCUCUGUCAGGAACAUUGCCACCCUGCCUUCAGCCUGGAUUUGCAGUGUGGGUUUCUCUGUAAGUGAGGGGCUCCCCCUCUCCCCUUGCUCCUAAAUCCUCCCCUUGCAAAGCAUGGGGGACACAGAGCAAGUUCUUGGAUUGUCCUCCUAUUUUAUACUAAUUUUAAAUGACUCCUAACAUUCAGGAUGUUUGUGGAGGAGGGCUCGAGGGAUCUUUUUAGCAUCUCAUGUUUUUCACCAUCCAUCCUUGUUCAAUCAGUAUUUUAUAUUUAACACAGUAUUGGGUCAAAAACAAACAAAUGUAAGGAAGAUAACGCUAGUGGAUGUUGUUUCCUGUGGAGUAGGAUCGAAAUAAAAACUCAAGAUACCUCACUCUGGCCUGCUUGUUAAAUCAAAAUUAGUUCCCCUGCAGCAUCUGGAAAUAAACUCAUUUUCUGUCUGACUCAUCCCACGUGGCUUUGGUCCCUGCUGAGGAGAGGAGCCACUCAACCAACUGCAGGGCACUGGGAUGCUGAGCACUGACUCACCUUGGUGCAGGGAUGGCA